AUGGGGCAGAGGGGUGGAGGGGAUGAGGAGAGAGGUGCGAAGGGGGAGAGAGGAGGGGAGGGGAGAAAGGGGGAGAAGACGGAGGGGGAGAGAGGGAUGGAGGGGAAAUGGGGCAGAGGGGUGGAGGGGAUGAGGAGAGAGGUGCGAAGGGGGAGAGAGGAGGGGAGGGGAGAAAGGGGGAGAAGACGGAGGGGAGAGAGGGAUGGAGGGGAAAUGGGGCAGAGGGGUGGAGGGGAUGAGGAGAGAGGUGCGAAGGGGGAGAGAGGAGGGGAGGGGAGAAAGGGGGAGAAGACGGAGGGGAGAGAGGGAUGGAGGGGAAAUGGGGCAGAGGGGUGGAGGGGAUGA